CUCUCUCUCUCUCUCUCUCUAGUCUGGUUGGCGAGCUUGAAAAGCCAGACUAAAAAGCAAACCAAAGCGACGGUUAAGCUUGAACCACCCCUCAAAAAUCACCUUUUAUACUCCGCCGAAUGAGCUCUAAUUACAGCCGGCAACCGUAGAAGCUCAACCGGAAUCACGCAAGCCGGAGUUCAUACAGAAAUGACUCAAUCUGUGGUUGCCGAUGGAGAAAGUUCCGGCGACAGGACGGUGGUUGUUGGAGUGAAGUUGGACUCUCAGAGUAGAGAGCUGCUCACGUGGGCUCUGGUCAAAGUUGCUCAGCCUGGUGACCGUGUCAUUGCUCUUCAUGUUCUAAAUAACAAUGAAAUAGUGGAUCGUGAUGGGAAGUCGUCUCUACUCUCGCUGGUGAAAGCCUUUGACUCUGUCCUUGCUGUCUAUGAAGGUUUCUGUAACUUGAAACAGGUGGAUCUUAAACUUAAGAUCUGCAGAGGUCCAUCAAUCCGAAAAAUUCUAGUUCGAGAAGCGAAAUCUUACUUUGCUACUCAGUUUAUACUGGGAACUGCUCCAAAACAUGCAAUCCGGUCAUCGGCCUCUGUGGCUAAGUACUGUGCUCGGAAAUUAUCAAAGGAUUGUGCAGUUCUUGCUGUUAAUAAUGGGAAAAUUGUGUUUCAUAGAGAAGCUUCUUCUGCCCCUCAUGUCAAUGGAAAAGGAACUGAAGAUCAGCGCCGGAAUGGUUUACUUAAUGCAAUUCAAAGAUCAUUGAGUAAGAAUGCUAAAGUCCCAAAUGAUGACAGUGUGUUGAAGCCAAGGGCAAUAUGUGAUCUAGGCAGUUCUGGGAAUUUGGAGCUGUUAGUGAAAGCUGGCUCUGAUUGCACAGAGAGUGCCUUGAAACAGAAUUGUUCCAUAUGUUCAGGGGACUCUGUUUUUUCUGUUAAUUCUUGCGCCCAAUCAACAAAUAAGUCUUCUGCCAAUGAUGAUGAAGACAACUCUAUGGCCAUAGUGCCAGUACAGAAGCUAGAGGCUGCAUCUAGUUCAAUUUCUCUCUUGAUAAGAGAAUUGCCCGAACUGAAACCUGGUUGGCCACUUCUUCGCCGAGCUAUUGUAUCCAAUCGGCAGGCCUCAGACUGCUCCUCAGUGCGUCAGGUCUCUGUUGUGCAAUGGGCAAUGCGAUUGCCCAGUAGAAAUUGUCUGCAAAUUACAAACUCAGAUCAAGUACAAAGUAGUUGUGAUGGUCACCCAGAUCAAUCUUCUGAACUAGAUGGAGAAAAUGGUGCAAUUGUUCCUGUGGGUAAUGAGACUGUGUCUUCUCCAUCUUCUCCAAACAGCACUUCAGGAACCUUACCAACAGAAUUAGAGGGUCUUCAUGAAAAAUACUCUGCAACUUGCAGAUUGUUUAAGUAUCGGGAACUUCUCUCAGCGACAUUGAAUUUUAUGCCUGGUAAUAUGAUUGGGAAAGGAGGCAGCAGUCAGGUUUAUAGAGGUUGCCUUCCUGAUGGCAAGGAACUCGCUGUGAAGAUCUUAAAACCAUCUGAAGAUGCAUUGAAAGAGUUUGUUUUGGAAAUUGAGAUUAUAACUACUUUACAUCACAAAAACAUCAUCUCACUGUUUGGGUUCUGUUUUGAGGACAACCAUCUCCUCUUGGUUUAUGAUUUCCUUUCAAGAGGAAGCCUUGAAGAGAAUCUUCAUGGUCAUAAGAAGGAUCCGCUCUCAUUUGGGUGGACUGAGAGAUAUCGGGUGGCUGUUGGUGUAGCAGAGGCAUUGGAGUAUCUGCACAGUAGAGGUGCUCAACCUGUGAUCCAUAGGGACGUAAAAUCAUCAAAUAUACUACUAUCUGAUGAUUUUGAGCCACAGCUCUCUGAUUUUGGACUUGCUAAAUGGGCAUCAACCACCUCGUCAUAUAUAACAUGCACGGAUGUUGCAGGAACUUUUGGGUAUUUGGCUCCUGAAUAUUUCAUGUAUGGAAAAGUUAAUGACAAGAUUGAUGUCUAUGCGUAUGGUGUAGUACUUCUUGAGCUUCUUUCCGGAAGAAAACCCAUAUGCAGUGACUAUCCAAAGGGCCAAGAGAGCCUGGUUAUGUGGGCAAAACCAAUUGUAAACAGCGGAAAGUUUACCCAAUUACUAGAUCCAACCUUAGACAGUAACUAUGACCGCGAACAAAUGGAGAGAAUGGUUUUAGCUGCUACUCUCUGUAUCAGACGUGCACCACGAGCUCGGCCGCAAAUGAGCCUCGUUUUGAAGCUCCUCCAAGGUGAUGUUGAAGUAACCAACUGGGCAAGGCUACAAGUGAAUGCUUCAGAAGGAUCUGAUGCAAUGCUGCAAGCUAAUGCAUUGGAAGGGUCUGACGCAGUGGAUGAUGAAGCCUUUUCACGUUCAAAUCUCCAGUCGCAUCUUAACCUUGCGUUGCUUGAUGUGGAGGAGGUUCUCUCCAUCAGCAGCAUCGAGCAAAGCAUCUCGUUAGAGGACUACUUGCAAGGCAGGUGGAGCCGCUCAUCGAGCUUUGACUAACCACAUUUCUGGCAAAUUGCUAUUUUCUGUGGUGUAAUUCUUUUGUAUAUUCAAUUUUCAUUUUCAUUUUCUUUUUUAAUCUCCGGUUGGCUUCACCUUUUUCUGGGAUGCUUACUGAUGGGUCUUGGAUGAGAGGUUGUUUGCUGGUGUGCCCUCCUCCUCUCCCUUAGUGGUCUUGACUUAGUUUCCCUGUUUGAUGUGCCAGUUUUGUGGUGUUUUUGAGUCAGUUUUCAAUUCUCUUUCAAAUCUGGAUUGAGAACUGUACUUCAAUUGUGAUUGUAUGAAAUUGUGUUAAAAGUGAGUACAAGAAACUGUUGUUACCCAAACAUCUAAAGAAUGUUAAUAAAAGCUAUGCUUCUGGUUUUGCCUGUG